AUGGGAGGUUCCAAACUCUCGAUUCACGACCGCUCAAGACUUACGACUGCUCACGACUGCUCACGACUACUCCCGAUUCACGAUUGUUCACGAUUUACGACCACUCAUUGUAAUAAUUCAAGACUACUCACGUUCACGCACAAUCACUAUGAUUAUGACCCAAUAUAUGAACGAGUACAAUUGGAAUACUACGAAAAAAGUUUAGUUAAACAUGUUUUUUUUGGCUUUCAAAAGUUUAACAGAACAUAUGCUGUCUUAAAUUUGUCUUUUGAAUUAACAGAUGAUCUGGAUGGUAGAAAUAUAUUUGGUACUUCCAAAAUGUAUGUAUUCGUAAGCAAUACCUACAAAUAUACAGGGAUUCAUAUUGAUUAUAAUGUCUGUGAGCAAUGGAAAAAUAAUCUUUUUAUGGUGAGGACAUAUUUAGGUAAAUUUGGGAAUUUGGAAGCAUGUGAUAUAAAAAAGGGACAUUAUUAUUUGCACAAUUUUGUACCGGAUCGGAUGCAACUACCACAAAAAGCUCCAUUUAAUAUACCAGUUAAAUUUGAAAUAGACGUUUUUCGCAGAAAUGGGCAAAGGAUUUUACUAUUUGCUUGGUAUGGAACACCAAAUAUUAGAGGGCAACAGCCAAACGACUUAACACAAACCCCAGGGGUUGCCUCGGAUAGGAUCCAGGAAAGUUAUUGA